GGAAACACAUGGCGUUUUGCACCUUAACUAAGAUAGAGAACAAGAAACUAACUGGGAAGAGUUUCAGCAUGUGCAGUGAACACAGGACGCUGACCUGGACACUAUUGCUACUUCUUCUGUCUGGUGCUCUCGGCAAAGAGUGGGAUGUGAAAUAUCCACCAGUCAUCUGUGCCGUGAAGGGCUCCUCUGUUGUCAUUCCAUGCUCAUUUCACUAUCCUUAUGGGCUGGCAGUUCAAAAUGUCAUGUGGGCCCAUGAAAGGAAUAAUUUUUAUACAGGUCCUUUCUUAUCUGAAAUUAACUCCAUGAAAUCCUCAAAGUUUGAGUAUGUUGGUGACAAACAUCACAACUGUUCUUUAAAAAUACACUCAGUAGAACACAACGAUCGAGGUGAAUAUGCGUUCAGAUUUACGACCAACACAGAAAAUGGCAUUUGGACUGGUAGUGAAGGCACACGAUUGAGUAUCAUUGAUCUGAAGAUAAAAAGAUCGAAUGGAAACAGAACAACGAACGAGGGGGACUCUGUGGAACUGACCUGCCUCAGCAGCUGCAGCGGCCUUAACCGCCCAUCUGCUUUCCUCUGGUUUAAGAAUGGAGAACUCAUCACGGAAGAACCUUCUCUACGUUUGUCUAACGUUUCCUCCAGCAGCUCUGGAAACUACUCUUGUUCUCUGAAAUCGCACAAGGGGACAACGUCAGGAGUCAUCAAUAUCAAUGUUGAAUAUGGCCCUAAGAACACAACAACAUCCGCCGGACCAUCAGUGGAGGUAGAUCUCAGGAGCAGCAUCAUCGUCAACUGCAGCAGUGAUGCAAACCCUCCCGUGGAGAAUUACACCUGGUUCAGAAUACACUCUGAUGAUAUUGAACGCGUUGGAAACAAGUCUGAACUGUACAUAAUAGAGGUUUCUAAUGGUGAUAAUGGCCAGUACUUUUGCAGAGCCACCAACAAACAUGGAAGUCAAAACUCUUCUUUUGUAACGUUAAAGGUCAAAGGAUAUUUUUCUUACAGCAUCAGCAUCAGCAUCAUCAUUGCUGCUGCUGCUGCCGUUACUGCACUUCUCAUCGCACUGGCUGUUGUGACCGUCUUCAGAAAACUCAACAAAGAAGGGACAAGCGCGCCAGAGGUUGAGUGCGUGGAGGCCAUACAGGUGCCACUAUCCGUUUACUGA